CAGCUGAUAGUAGAAGCCACACCACGACACCAGCCUCCAUUUCUCUCUCUUUGGGUCAGGCAGUUAGUUCAGCGGUUCAGUCCAGCAGUGGGAGAGGAGACGCAGACCCUCCUACUCGCCAUAAUUACCCGCUAACGCUAGAAAACCUUGAACACCAAGAUGGCCGCUGAGCCAGUGGACCCAGUGACGGAGCCGCGGAUGUUCCAGCAGACCCUCCUGCAAGAUGGGCUUUGUGAACUCUUAGAGAAUGACAAGUUUGUGGACUGCGUCCUGAAGAUCAAAGACCGGGAGUUCCCUUGCCACAGGCUGGUGCUGGCAGCUAGCAGCCCCUACUUCAAGGCUAUGUUCCUCUCAGACAUGGAAGAAAGCAAGAAACGAGAGGUUGUGCUGCAAGAUGUGGAACCUAGUAUCAUGGGCAUGAUCCUGAGGUACAUUUACACUUCUGACAUCAACCUAACUGAGCAGAAUGUCCAAGACAUAUUCAUGGUGGCCAACAUGUACCAGAUUCCUUCGAUCUUCAGCGUUUGCAUGACCUACCUGGAGCAGAAGAUGGUCCUCAGCAAUUGCCUGGCUAUCUUGAGGCUCGGUUUGCUCCUUGAAUGCCCCAGGUUGGCCGUCAAAGCAAGGGAUUUCAUCUGCGACCGCUUUGAGCUCAUCGUCCGGGACCAGGACUUCCACCAGUUGGGCUCUGCAGAACUGGCCGCCAUCAUUACCUGCGAUUCCCUGAACGUGGAGAAAGAAGAGACAGUCUUUGAAGCUCUGAUGGGAUGGGUCGAGCACGAUCCGAGGGAGAGGCUAAAGGAUUUGAAAGAUCUCCUGCACUGCAUCCGUUUCCGCCUGAUGCCUCAAGUUUACUUCAAGGAGAAAGUAGAGGGGCACAAGCUGAUCAGACCCAACCAGGAGAUCAAGACAGAGCUACAGUUAAUCAAGGAUGCGCAUAAAGGCCUGUUGCCUAAGGUCCAAAGGUCAUCAGGCAAGGAGGCAGGGGCUUCAGCUGCUGGGGAGGAAGAAGACGAGGAUGAGGAAGAGGAGGGCCUGCUUCCAGGGAUCCUCAACAACAACCCACGUUUCGGAAUGUUUCAAACAGACUUCAUUUUGAUGAUCAGCAACACAGGAACAGUUGCCUAUGACCCUGUGGAAAAUGAAUGCUUCAUGGCAUCCUCAUCAAAUGAUAUCCCCAAAAAUCACUGCAGUUUAGUAACCAAAGGGAACCAGAUCUUUGUUGCUGGAGGUCUUGUAUACAGUGAACAGAGCAAAGAGGACCCCUUCAGUUCAUACUUCCUACAGUUUGACCCCAUGAGCUGUGAAUGGCUUGGGAUGCCCUCUCUGCCCAACCCCCGCUGCCUCUUCGGGCUGGCCGAGGCCCAGAAUUCCAUCUUUGUUGUGGGUGGAAAAGAGCUGAAAGAGGGAGAACACGCAUUAGACUCAGUUAUGAUCUACGACAGGCAAUCAUUCAAAUGGGGCGAGUCGGACCCUCUUCCAUACUCAGUCUAUGGACAUGGCACCGUCUCCCAUAAUGGACUUGUCUAUGUUCUGGGAGGAAAGUCAGAGAGCAAGAAGUGCCUAAGGAGAGUGUGUGUCUACAACCCCACCAAGUUUGAGUGGAAGGAUCUGGCCCCCAUGAAAAUGGCCCGCUCCCUGUUUGGCGUCGCCGUCCACAAGGACAAGAUCUACGUAGUGACCGGGGUCACAGACAACGGCCUGACCAGCAGUUCAGAGGUGUACGACAUCGCCAGCAACACGUGGUCUGAGUUCACCGAGUUCCCCCAGGAGAGAAGCUCUCUGAACCUGACUGAGCUGGCUGGGAGUCUGUACGCUGUAGGAGGCUUUGCCAUGAUGCACAACGACACCACAGAGAAGAUGGAACCCACUGAGAUGAAUGAUAUCUGGAGGUUUGACGAAGGGGAGAACUGCUGGAACGGGAUGCUGAGGGAAAUCAGCUAUGCUUCAGGAGCCACAGUGUUAGGAGUGCACCUCAACGCUUUACGACUUACCAAGAUGUGAUUGACGGCACAAGCUAAUGGACUUACAAUUAGAAUGUACAUAGAGUAUUGUUGUGUGUAAAAGAGGCUUAAAAUAUGGUCAAAUGUAAAAGUGCACACACUUCCUAAAUUUACUAGACGUUUUUACUGGACGGAGGGCUGGUUGCAAGAGCCAGUCAGCAGGGGGAGACAAAGAAUGGACCACUACAGUGUUGCAGGAUCUAAAAGGCAUGGAAACAUGACUGAACAUGGACUCAGGGUGAAUUUGUGGGCUGACGGAAAGUGUAUUUGUAUCGUUAACACCUUUAUUUGAGUUAUGCUGGAUUGGGGGAAAAAAAUAUAUAUAUAGAACAGCUCAAAUGUAACAAUUACAAUGCAUGUACUGACAUCACAAACACACUGAAAUCUAUAUAAAGCUGGUGGAAAUACAGACCAUAUAUCUGUAUGCCACCCAUUAAAACUUUGUGAAUAACAUGAAUGACAGUCAACUGACAGUCUAAUAUGUUUAAACAAAUGAAAUGAAAGGACAGAGCAUUUAGUGCUGAGCAAUACAAAAAACAGCAGUACCUAUAUAUCUGGAAUAAACAAGGAUGGAUAUUUCUUUAGGUUUUUUUUCGUCAGUACAUAUGUAACGGAACAGGAUUACAGUAGAAGACAGAAUAUAGACCAGUAUAAACAUCAUCUUUACAUUCUAUUCUUUCUAAAAAAAGUUUGCCUUUCAUGUAACAACACAACAGUAACUUCAGACGUACCAGCAUUACUACGGGAAAUAAAGUCAAACUCAAACUCA